AUGGCCUCAAACUGUUGUUAUUUGUGCAACGAAUGCCCCAACAGUUUCGCAACACUGGCCGAUCUCGAAGAUCACUUGCUCGACCAUCGCCGCAGCAAAACAGUCGACUUUGAGGUGAGUCAUGAGACAUCUCUCCAACUCCUUGCAUCUCUUUUCUUUGUCUUCAUUGAUUGAGUUUGAGGCGUACUUUGUGAGGCCACACUUUGGGGCCAUUAAGGAGUCAAGGAGCUGGUUGCUCGCUGCACUAAGCAGCUGACUUUGGACUUCGAAUAGGGUGGGGUUUGAUGGCGUAUAUGGAAGCUUGAAGUUGCAGUAGGCCUGGUAGUUGGCUGAGGUUUAAGCAUGUCUUUUUUGGCGGUAGAAACAGCCCUUUUUUUGGAGGGUCCAAAAACUCGUGGUAAAUGGGGACCAAGGCGAUUUUUUUAAAUUUUUUCCGAUUUUUUUUGUUUUCAAAUUUACGUAAAGUGCUCAUAGGAUAUUUUCAAGACUUCUUGAGGAAUUUUUAACCAUUUUCCAUCUGCUUUUUACUAGCUACUCACCAAAUUCAAUCAAAAAAAAAUUCCCAAUCCCCCCUUACUCUACCGCACCCAUGCCUUUGUUGAUCUUCCCUUCCAUGCCUUGUUGACGCCCUCAGCACGUUUUGGAUUCAAGACCCUCGAACGCGCGUUUGCUGGGCCAACAAACACGGCCAAGCCACUCGCUUGACCUCAAAAACAUUUGUUAUUUGCAGAAAUUUGCGACGAUUCGCUUCCGCUGUUUGAAGUGACUCAGCAGGGGCUUGUGGUCUGCAUAGGAAUGCAGGGAAAAUUGAAUUGAGAUGCUGGAGAUUUAGGGGUAUUAAUCGUCUCAAAAUUUUGUGAUUUUUAGGGCCUUAGAAGGCGUUAAGUUAUCAUUUUUCGAAAAUUUUAUAGAAAUUAUUUGCGAGUUUGCCAAUUUUUGCCUAUAAAUUUCUUCAUACAGCCCUAUGGUUCAAAACACUUUGCUCUCCCCUUAUUUUUGCAUAUUCAAAUCCCUCGGAUGGACGCGGAUUUGCGGCCCAUUAAACGGCUACUUUACACCGCAGAACCCGCCGCUGAUCAACAAGGUAAAACCGCAAGCCGAACAGGCGUCAAGACCGGGCGUCUUGGCCCACCGCCACUGAAAAACAACAGAUCGCGCUUUAAAACGCGCUGACUCCAGGUGACACGGGGUCAGCGAACCCCCAAAGUUUUUGACGUUGUUUUUGCGUUCGCCUCCGAAAACAUGCGGCCCGAGGGCUCGACUUGACCCCCGAGAACGCACUGGAAAAGAGCUCCGAGUUUGAAAUGAGAAACAGCGGGAUUGCGAACAGACUAAAGGGCAUUUUAGGCCGUUCGUAAAGUCGCUGAAAUGAGUGUUAGCGGACGCGCUAGGGAACCAAUAAUAUCAUACAAAGUUUGUGCACGAAAUUUAGGUGUGUGAUAUACAUACAGGGUGAUUCAAAAAAAUGGACAUUUUCUUCGAUUUUUCUUGGCUUGGGAACCUUGAUCGGAAAAAGGUACCCAUGGCAUGAAACUACUACGUUAUGUGAACACACUCACUGCAAAAAUUGUUUGCUAGCUGCAGAAGUUGCGGAGAUAUGGUUGCUUGAAGUUGCCGGGUCAGCGCACCCAUUCCCGCGGGGAAAUUUGAAAAGUUUUUGCUCCUAAAUGUCCUAAUUCUCUAACAGAGACCUGCUGAGCGGCCUGAAUGAAACACAGACAUCUUUUCUCUAGGAUCUUAUAAGGAUUUAUCCUCAAAAAGUAUGCCAAGAGGGGAUCGCGGCACUGUUUCUGGCCUUAAUAUGAUUUCCAGCCCUAAAAAACAGUCUAGGAACAAAUCCAGAAGCGCUGUAGAAUCUAGCCCUACAAAAUAUGACGUGUCAAAAUUUCGUAAAUUUAAAGAUUUUUUGAGUGAAAGAUUGACAUGUUGUCUGAGCCUAGAGUUCAUUACGAAUAAGUAAUUUUUCCAAGCCGGAUCUGCAGAGACAUAGUUAAAAAAUGUUUUUUCGAGCUAUGUCACCAACUGUAGGUCCCCAUUUUUUGAGUUCUGUCGGUUGCAAGGAUUGCUGAAUACUUAUACUAAAGUAAAUAUCUGAUCUGUCGCUUCCAAAACGCGAUCUAACAAGGGAAGUAGUCCCAAGUGCGAGGCUCAGAUUUUCUCUAAACUUUGCACACACAUCAGGCAUAGACUAGAUAUCAAUUCGUGAAAGUUUUAGCUCGCACUUUGCAGGCGCCGCCGAGAUAUUGAACAAUCGUCAGAGAGAAAAACUCUUUUUGGCCAUAGCUUUGCAUAUUUCGUGCGGAAAAACUUGAUUUUUUGUGGAAAAAUUACCCUCUUUGGUAGAAAUAACUAUGAAACUUUUCGUGCCAAAUUUCGCCAAAAAUUGUCAAAUUUGACUUUCAAUGAGACUUUCAAUUUAAAAUUUUUCGGUUGUUUCUGCAAAGCGCGAGCUAGGAUUCUCGCAUAUAUCCAAGAAAAAGUUAUUUUAAAUUUGUGCCAAUUUUCAUCAAAAUCUGAGCGUCGCACUUGGGGUACUUCCCUUGUAAGAUCCUUAAGGAUAUCUAGUAAAAUAUUGGGGUAGUGCGGGUCGCAGGCACAUUUCCUGCAGCUUUGUUAUACACGGUUUAAAAGGGCAAUUUCUGAACUUCAAAACUGUAUGUCCAGCAUAUCUUGUAAUGCGUUACAAAGCUCACAGGAAUUCGCACAAAUCGACGACCCCAAAAUACACAAGACUUAUGGGACAGCCUAAUGUAUGGCGUAGGAAAUUCGCACGUUGCAUUCAAGUCGUAAGACUUGGAGAUCAAACCUCGUAAAUCAACGAUGUUUAUCCAAGAAUUUCGAAAGUUUCAGAGUUACAAUUCCUCCAGCUCUCGACACCAUACAUAAGAUAAUUUCCCCCCGUCCCACACACCCUGUUUACCCGGGGUUUCCGCUUGUUUACAGCUAAUGUGCGCGCCCCUACCGUUCGCCGCGGCCGACUGUUUGCUUAAACUUUUGUGUUUGACUGGGGUCACGCGUCAAAACAAGUCUCUUCGCCGUCGUCUUGGCCCAUCCUUUCACUGCAUUCGAGAGGAGGGCCCCCCCAAACAAAGUCAGCGGGAUCUCCGCCAUUCACACUCGGGAUAUAUUGUUGUUGCGCUAAUGGGGAAGUCAGCGGGUUUGGGGUUGUGUAAUCGCUAAUUUGGGUGGGGCUAUGAUAUGGGUGUGUUGCGUUAAUGAGCUGAGCAGCCCCUUAAAUGCUAGUAUGUUUGAAUGCAAGAUGACAUAUGUUGUCAAUCUCAAAAAUUCAUGCUUUUUUCUUUAUCGCACUUUUACUGUACUCUCGCUACAUCACUUCUAGAACCUAUCUCUUUCUCAUAAAGCUGAUUAAUCUCGGCCCAUCAAGUUGGUCGAAGUUCAUGCAAGUUGAGACAAUAAAAGCGGCGCUGCGAUCAAAAGGGACGAGGGAGGCCGUGAUUGUCACCGAACCCUUCGACCUCCCAGGCGUUUUUUAUGUGUUCUUGGGACCACAUUUUGCCAAUAACGUAUGUUAUAAAAGGCGGCCUGAGAUGAGGGAGGGCUGGAAAAAACUUGUCUUGAAGAUGUUUUUGCCCUACGGCCUCUUCAGGGUAUCUUUUCCAGCGUCCCACGCCAUGAAUUUGUCGGUAAUUUUCUUCGUAGAAACGAUGAUUUGAAGCCAUUCCCUUGAUAAAGUUGACAAUCCUGUUAUCGGACCCCUUUCUCAUGACUACUCAUCUGAUAACCCCCCAAAUUCCCAUAAAAGGCCGUCAGAAUCGCGGCUACCAUAACCCGUACGGUCUGAGUCACAAAAAUUCGCGAUAAAACGGAAUUCCGCCCGAAAUAGCCGCUGAUUAUUAAUCAUGCAUGGUCAUGUUUCUUAUCUCAUUACCCGGCCCGGAAGGAACAGUUGGAAGAGAACGGCCUGGCACCGACCGGCCGCUCUCUCCCGUGGCUCAUCGCUUGGCCAUUCGAUCGGGCCACGCCCCCCGGGAGUCCUCGAGAUCGCCCCGCCGAGGGGUGGGAUUUCUCGGCGGAUCAGCGGUGGGGGGCUUUGGCAUGUUUCCACAGUCGGAACGGAUGGGGCGAACGCCAAGUGCCGCGGGCGAUUUGUUUCGCUGCUCCGCAAUUAUUGGGGGGUUUUCUUGAUUCGUCAAUUGUUUUGCGAAUUUUGCGGGUGCAUUCGAAGAAAUUGUAUGACCAUUUCGCGCAUGAUUCAUUUACUCUUCGCCCAGCCCAAAUAUCCUUGCCCUUUUAGCGACUCAACUAAAAUACAGUAGCCUAUAAGGCCGUCUAAUCACAUUGCUCCUUCUAUCGUCUUUUCUGAUCAGAAUUCGGAUCAGUCUUCCUCUCCCAACAUGUUAACCAUGUUGAACUACCUUCAGCCCAUGGAGGACCAGAUGGUGAUGGAGUCGAGCGCCUCGCCCACGUCCAGCAUCUCCACCAACUUCGAGGAGCUCCUCAAGUCCAACGACGUGUCCUGUCGCCUCUGUUCGCGGCAGUUCGCCGACCGCGACCAGCUGAAUGUGCACUACACUCACACGCAUCGCGACAAACCCCAGUACGAGUGCGACAUUUGUCAUCUGGUGUUUUCGGUGAAACGCGAACUCUCCACCCACUUGCGCAUUCACAGCGGCGAGCAGCCGCACAAGUGCGACAAGUGCGGCAAGGAGUUUGGGACGCGCCAACUCCUGAAGAAGCACAAUAUGUGGCACACCGGCGAACGAUCUCAUGUCUGCGACCAUUGCGGCAAGGCCUUCUUUCAGGUAGGAAUUUUACUGCCUUCAUAUUGGUUUGUCGGGAAAAUAAUAAGCACGUCGCAAAUCGCAAUAGAAAAUGAAUUGUGUCGCGGCAAAAUCAAGUUGCUUUUCGCUUCAGCGACCUGAUUGGCGCAGCGAAAUUGUCCUCAAUAUUUUCCCGACGGACUAAAAAAACUUUGAUAAAAAUUUCAAGCACUCUUAGAGGCAUGCAUCAAAAUUUGAUGACUUUAAUUUAUCGCUCUCUUUUGAGUUUUUUCGCUUUGUUUUUUCGAAGAUAAGUGGUUUAAAAACACCCGGUUUCUUCAUGUUAUUUGUCUUGUCGCCCGCUAUUUUUGUCAAAUGAGUCAGGUCUGAACACAUGAAUCAUCCUCAUUUUGUAGCAGGGAAUAUUCGAAAUUCAAUGAAUCAAGGGGAACGGAAACAGUAAGAGUGAUAAAUCAAGCCAUAAACGGGAAAAACAAGUCUUUUUUCUAUCGUAUAUACUAUAUAGACUUGAUUUUAACUAUGUAUCAGUCUGUCGGAAAAAUAACGAGCUCUCUGUCGUAUCGAAAAUCGUAUCGCCAAAUGAAUCGUAUCUCGGCAAAAUCAAAUUUUUUUCACUUUUGCGAUCGACAUUGUGCUCAUUAUUUCCCCGACAAACUGUGUGGGCUUUAGGGAAGUGCUUGCACUUCCGGGGGAAUCCUUGAAAUUGAGAACAGUCUAGACCAAUUAAACCCGCACUUUCAGAAAGGGCAUCUGACGCAGCACCUCAUGAUCCACAAGGGCGGACGCCCGCACAAGUGCGACCUGUGCGAGAAGACGUUCAUCUUCAAGUUCGACCUGAACCGGCACAUGAAAAUCCACCUGGAGCGGGGGCACAGUUGUCGCGCCUGUCAGAAGUCCUUCUCCUCCAGCGUCGAGCUCGACACGCACAACUGCAAGAAGGUGCGCAGCCCGAAGCGCGAGCUCCCCUCCACGCCGCUCAGCGACUUCUCCGGCUCCUCGCCAUUCACGUCGGCGCAGCAGAGCCCCAUCGCGCCGCGAUUGGAGAACAACUUCGGCGCCAUGAACCCCAUCAACUCGUCCAAUGAGCUGGCGAAUCAAUACCAAAUGGCGAAGCUGGCCCAGCUGUUGCUCGCACAACAGCAGCAGCGCGCGUUGGCGACGAAACAGGCGGACCUGCAGAAACUUCAAUUCCAGCUGCUUCUUCAACAACAGCAACAGUUUGGAUGCAAUCUUUGCGGGCAGCAGUUCGAUAAUCAACAGAGUUAUCUGUUGCAUUGUCAGCUGCAACAUUUGAUGGGCAAUGAGGAGGAGCUCCAGCUGAGCGGUCUGAAAACCGAGACGAUUCAUGAGAGUGGAGCGAGCUCUUCGUGUGCCUCUAGGUGAGGGAUUUUUCAGCGGUCUAGACUUUUUUUAGAGCAGUAAAAUUCAUAUAUUAUACCAUAGAAGGCCUUUUGAAAGACAUAAUUACUUUAUUAGCCAUAGUUUUGCAUUUACUAUAAAUUACACAUAUAUCUAAUCCAUCCCAUUUCAGUCCCCAAAAAGCCUCGCCCAUCUCCAUGACCGUCGCCGACCACGACCACCAACACCAACUGGGCUGCGAUGGCUGCGUGGAGAUGAAAUCCAAGUGCUAUUCACUCGAAAAGGACCUCAACGACGCGCAGACGGAGGUGGCUCGGCUGAAAGAGCUGAUCACUCGUCUCGGCCCCUAUUUGGCCAUGAUCAACUCGAAUUAA